AUGACGGAUGAUGUUAUUUUGAUACCGCCUUUCGAAAAUGUCGAAAGUCGUCUUCCUAUCGAGGCGCUAAUGUCAGAGGAAAUUUAUAAGAUACAAAGGGAUCUGUUCCUUCAAGGUUUUGCCAAAGUUCAACAAAAAAAGUCCGAUAAGAUUGAGUCUUUUUACAAAGUUGCAGGAAUACACCACGACUAUUGUGAGCACAAUACAAUUCUUUUUCCUACUUGGCAUCGUGCAUAUGUCUCAUAUCUUGAAAUGCUCAUAUAUAAUGAAGCAAAAACAAUCGUAGAAGGUUAUCCUGAUGGCGAUAAAAAACAGCCUUACAUAGAUGGACUUAAGAAAGUUCGGUUUCCAUACUGGGAUUGGGCUAGUCCAUCUGUUCUCUGUCAAGGAAUACCUUCAAUCUUAUUUCAAGUACAUGUUUAUGUUAAUAUUCUAAAGGAAUCAGAUGGUGAAGUUGUGAAAUCAACUGAAAGGAUUCGGAAUCCUCUUCGUGCAUACACGCUUCCAGAAAAUCUUGGAAUCUUAGGACUUGUUGGUGACACUUCUAACCCAACACAAAGGCCAUAUAUCCCGGAUGCGUCACAUUACCCUUAUACACCAGUCGGAUAUGCAACUGUCAGACAUCCAAACGAAGAGUACCUUUCCAAUGUAAAUUCCAUUAGUCUUGAUAUUAUCACUUCGUGCAGUUCCACAUUUCGUCCAAGUAUUUGGCAUCUUAUUAGUGCAGUUGAUAAGUGGGCGAAUUUCAGCAACAACGGUUCAAGAAGGAGCCCAGAGGGUGAAUAUAAGGAGUAUUCAUCAAUUGAGGGCGUUCAUAAUGCUGUUCAUAAUAAAAUUGGUGGAACAGGUGGUCAUAUGGCAUAUGUUGAAACUGCAGGUUUUGAUCCGAUAUUUUUCCUUCAUCAUGCAAAUGUGGAUCGUCUUACUGCCAUUUGGCAAGCUUGUUACCCUAAUAGUUGGAUUGUUGAAGAGGAUAACAGGGAUGAAAAUACCUCUCUUAGGCCUUUUAAAAAUUCCGAACGUGGCUAUUGGACCUCACGUGAUAUUAGAGAUACAAAAGAUAAGCUCAAAUACACUUAUCCUGAACUUGAGAAGCCUAACCCACAUCUUAAGGAAGAUAUGCUAAUUUAUUAUCAACCUGUUCCCAAAUCGAAUUUCAUAUAUAAAAUCACUAUAAGUGUCAAGAAGAAUUAUGUUGGCUCAUCGUUUGAAAUUCGGGCAUUCAUUGAUUUGCCAACCAAAUCACCAACCUCAGUUACCAGUCCUUAUUUUGCUGGGUUUAUAUCAAUUUUUGCUCGUGAUAGAACGACACAUUGUGAUAAUUGUGACGAUACUCCAGAAAUGGUUGUGAACGACAGCAUUGACAUUACUGCAUGCAUGCAAAGGCUCCAUCUUAUUAACAAGGAUAACAAACGGAUAGGGAAGCCAUACUUAACCAAAAAAAGCGAAAAUGAUUUGCAUAGACGAAUCACUCUUAUUCCUGUGUUAAUAGAUGGAAGUGAAAUAAGUCACGAAGAUGCUGGUUUAAAGUCUGCGCGCUGUUGGGAAUUAAAUAUUCAAGAUGAGCAUAAUCCACCAAGUUAUAAAAAAUUAGAGAAGACGGCGGCAGGGGUCGAGGUUAUAACAGAUACAGGUCUGGAUGAAUAUUUAUAUGCAGUUCCUUACGAAGGAAAGCCUAACCGCUCCCUCUUAUACUUGGGGCUAGCAGCCACCAUGUCAGAACUCCCGAGCAGCCAAUCGUCCGACUCUACUUCCGAGUGUUUACAAUUCAGCCAGGUGGCUGAAGAAGUGAUAGAAGAAGUCCGACGAGAUAUCCAUACUACAUUACCUCUCAACAAAUUAUGGCAUAUAAGGGCCAGAUUCAUCCGAGAAGGAAAUACAUUAUCAGUUGCCGAAUAUUCUCGUGUCGCUGCAGAGAGUUGGCGGAAUCUAUAUGAAGUCGCUAAAAUGCAACACGCUAUAAAAUAUCCCAACUACAAAUACCAGCCGGUCAGAGGCAAACAAGCUAAGAAAGGCCGAGGCAUUAUGGGGUGUUAUGAUAGUCGAUUGGAUUAA